AUGAGAACAAGUUAAUUAAUCUGCGAAUUACAUAAUGAACCUAUUGAUGUUUAUUGUAAAAAUGCGGAUUGUACUUCAAAAAUAAAAAUUUGUUGCAAUAGUUGUUCUCAGAAAUUGCAUUAACAUUAAACAACAAGGAUUAAUGAGUUAAAAAAAGAUGUCGAAUUAUCGAUGCUUCAACUUAAAGAAAGGUCAUAAAAGUUUUAAUAAUUCGUAAAAAGAAUAGAAUAAAAAAUUACUUGCAUUCAAAAGUUAAUUGAAUCAGAGAUAAGCUAUUACUAAGAUAUUAUUGAAAAUUUUGAUAUUAAAUCUAAGUCUAUAUUGAUAACUGCUAUUAAGAAAAUGGAAAAUUAAAAGAAAAAUGAAUUAACUGAAAAAAUUAAUUAGUUUAUUAAGAGUUAAACUGAUAAUUCAAAUAAUUAGUAACAAAAAAAUACUCCAGAUGUGGAUCAUUUAGUUUUAUAAUGUAUUAAUUAUAAUAUUAAUAAUACUUUAGACAAAUUUUUUUUGAUAGAUGAUAAUGAUCAAAAAUAAGCUCUAGAUAUUUUGAAUCGAAUUCUAGAAAUAGACAAAGAAAACUUUAUUUAUCAAAGAGAGAAAGGUAAAAUAAUAAAUAAAGUUAAGAUCGUUUAACUCGUGCGAUUGUAGAAUAUUCAUCAGCUGAUGAAAAUUUUUUUAGUGGACAUUAUUAAUAGGCAAUAGAAGGAUAUGAUAAAUUAUUAGAAAAAAUAAAUGAUUCAAGAGUUCAUUAUUAGAAAGGUAUGAAUAUAUUUCUAUUUUAGGAAUUGCAUUAUUUUAUUUGCAAAAUUAUUAAGAAGCUCUUAAAUCUAUUGAUAAUGCUAUAAAAUGUGACACUGAAAAUAUUUAAUAUCAAAUCACUAAAAGUUUUUUUGUUUUCUAAAAUAGGUUAAUUGUUAUAUGCUAAUAAUGAUUUAGAAAGUCUUCGAAUCUAAUCCAAAAAUUUAAAAGAUCUCUUUGAAACUGUAAAUCAUAAUAUUGAAGUAAAAUUCAAAUUAUUUAAUAGGGUUAAAUCUUAUUAUUACAAAAAGAAAAUGAAAAAGCACAGGCUGAGUUUGAGAAAGCUAUUUAAUUGAAUUAUUUUUCUUUUGAAUCUCACUUUUUUAAAGCUUUAGUAUUAGAUUAAAUAAUUAGGCUAUAUCAAGAAGUAUUAAUUCAGCAGAAAAUGAAAUUGUAAAGCCAUAACAAAUAAUUUAAAAUAAUAUUGACAAGUAAAUGAUUGAUUAAAGGAAUUUUAACAAAUUUUACACAAUGUAUUUGAAGGACCAUAAAUAAGCAAAUAAUUAAAUGCAAUUGAAUCCAGAACAGUUAAAAUAGUUUGAAUAAUUACUCAAAGCUUAAAAAAUUAAGAAACAAAAUCAACCAAAUCAACCCAAUCAACAAAAUUAACUAAAUCAACUAAAUCAACAAAAUCAACCAAAUUAAACAAAUUAAACAAAUCAACCAACCAAAAAAAUCAAGAUUACUAGUCAAAAUGAGUAUGAAUAGCCAAAUAAACCAGAAUAGUGAUA